AUCGAAUCUCCCAUAUAUGAGCAAACUGUCUCAACAAAUUAUUACACAAGCUUAGCUGGCUGGACUUUGUCAAGACCAUCCUUGUGAUAAUAAGAAAAGCAAGUUUGACAUGGUCUCGCCCUCAGUGCUUGCUUGCAUUUAGUUCGGGGAGAGGGGAGGGAAAGCAAACGGAAACGACAACUUAAAGUCGAUGCAUUUGCUUAUAGCCAAAAUGAUCAGAACCGCUUAGUGAGGUGCCAUGGAGAAUCGUCUGCUCUUGGACGCUUGGUUUUAAUAUUCAUUAUUUUUGCUGUUAGCUUGGUAGCUAGCUAUAGCCAUCUGAAUUAACGGGGAUGUGGUCGGUCUGCAUAAGUAUGCAGUAUGAUGACUAGGACCCGGGAUAUGAAAGGCUCUAGCUAGCUAUGUACAUGUGACAGGCUGUAGCUAGCUGCUGUGUAUAUCCAUCUUUUAAGUAGCUAGCUAUCUGAAUACCGUCGUUAGCUAGCUACAUCAGCCGGCAUUUGCACUGAGGCGAAGGUAUAAGCAGGAUUUAUGUUAGCUAACAGCUACCUAGCUGUACUGUGGGAGAGUGCAUUAGCGAACAUAAUUGUGACACUUUGUGCACAACAAAUUAUUCAUUUUUCAUAUUCGCUACAAUCGGGAAAGGGAAGGCUUUUGUCGUGAGAACCGUUUCGAAACGAAUGGACAACACGCUGAGGAUGUGAUGAAAAUGAAAGCUUGAUUUGCCGUUACUCCAAUCGUGUCACAAGGGUCAGUUUUAUUUUAUCACACCAUUUCCCGGUCAUCGCCGAUUGCACUAUGGGCGCAGUCUCCGUCCAUUAAGCCCUGAGCCAGGACUCCAGACGGUGUGAGUGUCCGAUCUGUCCAUGACCUCCGCGCCUUGGAUGGUAAUGCAAGGCUUGGAAGAGACGUGAUUUGAACCCGGCGUCGGCCUCCGUGCAUGCUACUAACGGGUUUCGCCUAGGCUCCAUAUUCAGAAAAGAAGAUUUCGGGAGAGACAAUGGCACCGCUUUUUGAAGGAGCCCGCAAACUGGGCUGGAUUCUGUUGAAGUCCUUGAUACGUUUCGCCUUCAUGUUCAUCAAUAACUGUGUCGCCAUCCCUUCCUAUUGUUUGUACUUGAUCCUGCUCCAACCCUUGAGGGUAAUGGACAGUCGCGCUUUCUGGCACAUCGAAGGAGUUAUGUUCAAGUGGAUGCUGGCCAUGGUGUCAUCUUGGGGCUGGGUCGCAGGUUAUACAGUGAUGGAGUGGGGGGAUGAUGUGAGGCCCAUCUCUGAGGAGGAAGCCAUGGUCAUCGUCAACCAUCAAGCCACGGGAGACGUCUGCACCCUCAUGAUGUGUCUACAGGACAAGGGCACGGUGGUCCGGAAGAUGAUGUGGUUAAUGGACCAUGUGUUCAAAUACACAAACUUCGGCCUGGUCUCUCUAAUCCACGGGGAUUUCUUUAUCAGACAGGGUAAAGCGCACAGGGACAAGCAGCUCCUCUACCUGAAGGACCACCUAGACAAGUUCUACCACAGCCGGGACAGGAAGUGGAUCGUGCUGUUCCCGGAGGGCGGCUUCCUGCGCAAGCGGCGGGAAACCAGCCAGUCCUUCGCCAAGAAGAACAGCCUGCCGCACCUGACGCAUGUGACGCUGCCGCGGCUGGGGGCCACACAGGUCAUCCUGAAGACCCUGGGUCCCCAGCAGGAGAACGGGACCCUCGGGGCAGGGGACAGUGACCAAGCAGUGAACAAAUCCAGAGGGCUGCAGUGGGUGGUUGACAUCACCAUCGCCUAUCCCAACGCCAGGCCUAUGGACAUUCAGACCUGGAUCUUUGGGUACAGGCCCCCUACAGUCACACACGUGCACUACAGGAUCUAUCCCAUUAAAGACGUCCCGGUGGAGACGGAGCCCCUGACGGACUGGCUGUACCAGAGGUUCGUGGAGAAGGAGGAUCUUCUGGCCCACUUCUACCAGACAGGUGCUUUCCCACCACCAAAGGGCCAAAAGGAAGCCGUUUCCAAGGAGAUGACCCUUGACCCCGUGUGGCUCUGCCUGGUCCAGUCGUUUGCCUUUGCCUCGGGCUACAUUUGGUACAGCGUCCUUCAGUAUUUCUACUGCUGUUUCUUCUGAUCGCGUGGAGCCUGAAAAAAAGAAGCAGACAAACAACAGACCCUUAUCAGUCUGCAGUUCAGCCAUGAUCCUCCCGAGGGGUGAAUGUAAACUAGCCAAGCUGAGGGACUGAAGACAAACAUGAGAUUUCUAUGCGGAAAUUAUUUCCCCUGUGUACACACUCAGAGACACAUGCACACACACACUCUCUCUCUCUCUGUCUCACACACACACACACACACACACACACACACUCUCUCUCUCAUGCCUCAUCCAAAAUCAAGAUAAAGGCUCAGGGUUAACCCGGAGAAGGAAGUGGAUUUGAAGUACUCCCCCCCCCGCCGUUUUAGACGUAGUCAGGUCUUUACGAGAUUACAAGAGGAGGACUCUUCACUUCGGCCCUUGCCUCAUCCGCCUUCCUUCCUUCCUUUCUCGCCGGUCGGAGGCUGACGCCCCCGCCUCCACUUCGCCAUUCAUCCCAGCUGGGGACGUUUCAUCGGAGAGCUGGACCUCUGAGGCUCUCGGUGUGGGGGCCACGGCUUCCUCUCGGACGCUGCCGCCCUGCCCCUCCCUUCCUCUAUUGCACUAUAGAUCCAUACUGCCCUCUCUCCCCAGCCUGGGGAAUAUCGCUCAGUUUCCAGUUAUUGUCUCUGUACGUCUCAACACUCAUUUGCAAUAGCAGUCGUCGUCAUCGUUGUUGUUGUCAUCAUUGUUGUCGUCUGAGCAUUUCUUUUUCUGUUUUUUUAAUGUUUUGUUCCAACCGUAUCCCAAACCGGCUCGGGGGGGGGGAUACGGUGUAUUCUUGUUUACACUGGUCAUCGGUUUGGGACAGACGUGGAACGAGGAGGGUGGUGAGGGAGGAGAUGGAUGUGAGGAGCGCGCCCCCCCCCCCUCCAAAAGGCGGCAGAGAGGGGGUCCCGUGCGCUGAAUGACGGAGCACUGAUGGUGUACAGCCCCCACCUCCGCCCGCGCCCCUGCCCAGGGUCCGAUCUUCCUCCAUACGCUGGUGAAACACCCAGCCCGUCCGCCCCGGUAUCUCCUCUCGCACCCCCGCCUCCCCCCCGGCAGCCAACCAAGACGCGCCCACACAAGGUGUACCCGACAGUCACUGAUUUAAAGAGGAAAAAAAAAAAAGACAAAACAUGGACUCGCCUCUGCACGCCAAACGGAUGAGACAGGAUUGCCGAAACGUCUUGCCUACGAAACGUUUCACAAAUGUUUAAGCCAUAUGCUUAGUGUCUGUUACGGGGUGAAGGAGGAUGAGAGAAAAAAAAAAAGACUUUUUAAAGAUUAAACUACCAAAAUGGUGUGUUUAAACAAGUUUUUUUUAUGUUCUUUCCUGCAUUCUAAAACUGAAAAUUGGCGGACAGAACUUGUAGGUAUUAUUACUGUAAAUUCACAGCGUAACCUGCCUAUGUGAGUGUGUGUGAUUUGGUCUUUUUUCCAUUUUUUUUGUCCCCCCCCAGUAUAAUCAUCGUUGGGUUGCUCUAUGUGAAAUAGGAGUAAUGACAAAUGCAGUUGGCUGUCAGAUUUAAUUUCUUUUAACUUGAAAUGUUGUCCUUGAGACCUGAUAUGUUCAAUUUUGUACAUAAAAAAACUGGGCAGGAGAAUCCAUGUUGUGACUAGAACCUUGUCAUUUUAAGUCUUUUUUCUGCUCUGUUUUUAGUUUGAAAUAUCAUGAAUGUUUAAAAGGUGUAGACCUGUCAUGACUCAGUGUUACUUUUAAUUUUUUUUUCUCCUGCGGAAUCAUGUUUUUGACUGUUUCAUCUCCUGGAAAUUUCUCUGGUUUUAUGUGCAAGUUCCAUACGUAACAACGGCAGUGUUUGACUGAUGGCAAAAAAAACUCACAGGAAUGAAUUUUCGGCAUGAACUGAUAUUAGUGCUGGUAACUCUGAUUUGUGUUCUGUCUGGAUACAUGCCCACAUUCCCAAGCGACCCAAAAAUACAAGAACCUUUUCUGUAGAUGGGUUUGCAGACUGGCAAAAAGACUGUUUACCAUACGGGAGAUCUUUAUUCUCUCCAAACAUGGAAGGAAACAUUUGUUUCCCUCAUAAAGUUAAAACUCAGACUGUAUGACAGGGGAAUUUACCCAUAAUCCAUACAUUUUAACGCAGUUGAGCUGCAUAAAUAAAUAGGGCAUUGGGAACCGCAUAAAUGAUGAGUGUUGUGAAUGGCACAUGGCUCUGGAGAUGCCAGUCAGAUCAGAAAGGGGUGCACGUUGGAUGAGAAGUCUUAGCAUGGAUGCCUUUUUAUGUCAGAUUGCCCUUCUAAUGGGAAAUGAGCAGUACAGUCAGCGAGAACUUUGUUGUAUGCGUGCUUUUUAGAAAAAACAGCCAUUUUAGAUUAUAUCACAGUAGUUGAAUACUUUUCAGUUUUAGCCUCCUGUAUUUGUUCCAUUGGCCACGUAGCCAUUUUUUUAGGAAACGCGCUGUGCGUUCGGAAUCAAGAAAACAAACAGGGGGGGGCAGCAAAUCUGCCCGAGACCCUGAGUGACACCUCCUUUCAGGGUGGAGAGGUAGAGGUAAAUGCUAACUUUGAUUUAUGUAGGAUUACUGAAAACUGCUUGGACUCACCCGGUUUUAGGUUGAAAGUUUUAACAGUAUUGACCAGUCUUACGGCCACGGAAGUGAUAAGGACGUGCUUGUCUUCGCUCAUUUGUAUUCCCUCCCUGUCAGUUGCACCAUGUCUUCAGAUUCCGUUUAUAGAGUUUCAUAAUUAUGCAGGGGGAUCUAUUGCAGGAAGUGGCGAACAGCCACUUGAGUGAGUUGCCUGUCUCGCAGAAAGAGGUGUCCUCCGACGCUCCCAAGAUGCGGUGUUGUGCUUGUUGAAGCGGCGCCAUGGAAACCUGAAGUGGCGUAGUGUGUGUGAAUAGCACACGGCAUGAAAGGACAUGACGAGUCAUGAUAAAGAGAGAAGUCAGUUGUAAAGUGUAUAUUAUUAUCUCAUGUGGCUGUAAUGCCGAGUGACGCUUUCGGAUUUCGCCGCUCGCUGAAAUGUUCACACGUCGCCUGGAUUGGCUGUUGACGGCCAAUCAGCUAUCAGAACCCAGGGGAGCAGCGCACCCACAAGCAAGUUAGCUCGUUUGACAAAACUUUUGCCUGUUUACGACGGUGGGCGGUUUGUAGUUGAGGCUGAUGUUUUACAUGUAGAGUGAUUACUUAAUUCCCCCCACACUCAGUUUACGCUCUCUCAGUGCUAGUGAAUAUGUCCGACUCGUUUAAAUGGCGUUUGUUUUAAUUGAUCGUUAAUGAAUGUUUGGUCUUGUAGAUAUGCUGUUGCCAUAACAACCCCCCCUGCCCCCCCCCAGCUCCCUGACCUUUAAAUCAACCUUGAAAUCAAGUCUGUCCUCCCUCUGGUCUGUGUAGAGCAGUAGGUUCUUAGUGUGAAUUAUGCAGGAAAGCCAUUUGUACACUGGACUUUUAGGUGGAAGUAAAAGUUGUUUAGUUUGAGUUUCAUAUGAGUGAUUAUGACUGUUUCUGACUUUUUUUUUUUUUUUUUUGCGAAAGGGAUGCCUUUCCGAAAAGGAGGAAUCAGGCAGUGACACAACGCUGAUAUCAAUGCGGUGUAGAGGCGACUGAGUUUAGCAUUCAGUGUUCAUGUGAUUCUGUGAGCUGUCAUUUGUUCAGACCAUUGUGAUUAUUAUUUUUCUUUAUGUAAAUAAAGGCAAUCUCAUCCGACUCCUAGUGAAACUCCUAACAGGGACAGCCCCAUGGAAGCUGCUCUUUUACAGUAGGGUACACAUUUGCGUCCCUGAGAUGGGGGGUUGACGAUUCCCCCCUACAGGUAGCCCAGCAUGGGCAGGCAUGUGAUUGGGCGAUGAAUGGGGAGUGUUUACGUCAUAACUGCUAGAUUAAGUGUUGCUACAACAAAGAAAAUGACAUGUUGCUGUGGUAACAGAGUGAAACGGAAGUCUGGAAUAUGUAGUGACAUGGUAAUGGCUAUAUAGUAAAUGGAAAUUAAAAGUCAAUCUUUUUUUGUAAUCACAUGACUGAGGUUGUAGUGUUGUUGUUCACUGUUUGAAUGGGGAGUAUAAGGGAAUGAAUGGUUUUUGCCGUUAGUCAUGCCAUUUACACUUUUCCUGCUAACAUGGCUGAUGGCGAGAGGCAUGUCUUUCAGUUUUGUUUGUUUUUUUUGUGUCUUUCAUAUGGCAAUAACACUGAGAUGCUUAUGACUGGAGUCUGCUGGCCACAUAAAUUCAAACAGACAUCAGUUCAGCCAUGAGCUUCGGAGAUCCCUCAGAAGGACUACCGUCUUGCCAUUUUGAGAAGAUUAGUCUGGUUUCUUAGCUGUCUUUUUAAGAGGUACCAUUUGAACUCUUAGCCUUUUAUGAGCUAAUUAUGAUAUGAUCGUGUGCCCUGGACCCUUUACCAGUGCCACUGUGCUUCGCUAAAUAGACAAACGGUCUGCUUUUAUCGUGUGCUGAGCUGAAGGCCUGCCUUCGGCUUGCCUGGUGGCACUGGAGGAACAGUCUCUCAAUUGAAGACAGGUUCAGAUUUCGAUUCAGGUUUUUCUCUGAACCUUAAAAGGAGCCAGGAGUCCCGGAACUGGCAGCGCCCUCGUUCAGGUCAGUCUUCUGGCAGUGGCUGUGUGCCGUCCUGCUGUGGGUUUUUCACAAGCAGACCUGUGGUGGCGUGUUCAGAGAACAGUGGUCUUUCCUUUCGAUGUAAGCCCCGCUCUGCACCUGAUCUGAGAACAGCACAGUGUCUCGCGCUGUCCUGUGUUUGUAGGGGUUGGGCCUAAAUGAAGCUUACACUAAUAGGUUCGCCCGUUUCUUCCAACGGCUGCUGUGAUUGGCUGGGAGGUCGACUGUGUGUCUUAAUCAUGGAAGAUGGUUGGGUUUUUUUUUUUCCUUUGUGUGUCUGAUGAAUGAAAGAUGUCUGAACUUUGAAUGGAAGUUGAGCCACAUUUUACUGGUAAAAACAAGUUUCAAGAUUGUUGUC